GUGUGUGUGUAGGGGGGUUGCGUGCGUGCGUUUGCGUAUAUGUGUUUGCGCGCGUGAGUGUUUGUGUGCGAACGCGCAUAAUUGUAUUUGCGUUAAGAGCGAGAAUUCUGGAAGUCUGACAAAGCAUGUAUGUGUGGGCCAAUAUCUUUGUACAUUGUGAGACUUGAGGAAGUCGCUGACGAGUGCAGGAAGGAAGAUUGUGACGACCUGCCCUCAACAUUCACAGACCACAGUAUGAUCUGCGCCACAGCUUCUGUGAAGACCGACUGUUCGUGCAAAUGUCUGUUUCUGAUCGUCACUGCAUGUCCUGUCGAGAAAUAAACACUGCAGCUUGGACACUGGCUGUGAGUAGAUCGGUCCGUGAGUUCCACCCACGGACUGUGUCCCUGACUCCACCCGUGUGUCAUUUCAAAGGAGAAGUACAAGAAAACACCACAUCCGACCACACAGGUAGGUGUGGUACAAAGGACGUGUAAUAGUGCGCAGAGCUUUGCGGGAAACAGCUGAAGAUUAAAGAGUGCAGGGCAGGGUGCACUGUCUCGUUGGGUGGAUGCUGAACUGGUAGCUGAGUGCUAGGGGGUGGCAUCUAUAACUUUUGCGACAGUGCAUCCCCGUCCCCGCCAGAGCACCGCAAACUGCAGCUAUGCGCAUGACAAUAAACUACGUGGUCCCAAGCACCGCCUUGUCACCGAGAUUUUAAGGCAAACCUUCGGGGUCUAAAAAGCCCCAUAAUUAGAAGAAGGGUGUGAGUGGCGUGGUGGGUAGGGCUCAGCUUACUGUGCGUCAGGUGCAGCCGCGCACGUGCUGUACAGCGGGUGGCGCUACUGAAGUCAAUAGUGUGACGGCUUCUGUCGGCAGGCAGGCAGGCCAUGAUGAAAUAAUCUGACGACGAUAAUAAUCAGUUGACUAGUCUGCUCAGUUUCAGUGGUGCUGUCUGUGCUGGCGCUCCUGCUCAAAAGAGAACGUCACUGAGUGAGGCUGCACGUCACCAACACACGGGUAACCCAGACAUCAAGGGAGCAAAGACCAGAUGGCAAGAGCAAUAACCAGAUUUGCUACAGCAAAGAAACUUCAAUUUUUGAAUCCCCCUAGCUAUCAGUUUGAAGCGAACAGUUGUGUAAAGCAAACUACUUGUGUUUUACAAAGAAUAUGGCUUGUACCAACAUCAUUUGAGGGCCUGUGCCAUACUCGACACCUCCAUACAUCUGUAAUGGCCUCACAAAAGCACACCUAUGCUAACAGAUUGGUGGGAUCAGAAAAUAAUGUUUGGGUGGAGUUUACUAAACUAGCCAGUGAACCAGGGGUGCUUAACCUAGGACAGGGUUUUCCUGAUUUCAAAGCUCCGGAACAUGUUGUCAAGUCCUUGCAGCAAGUGAUUGCUUCUGAAAAUCCAUUUCUGCAGCAGUACACACGAUCAUUUGGUCAUCCACGUCUCAUACAAGCUUUGGCCAAGCUAUUCUCUCCCUUCCUGAAGCGCAAUAUUGAUGCCUUCACAGAGAUCCUGCUAUCAGUGGGUGCAUAUGGAUCGUUGUUCUGCAUCAUCCAAGGCUUGGUUAAUCCUGGAGAUGAGGUCAUCAUCAUUGAACCUUACUUUGACUGCUAUGAGCCGAUGGUGCGCACAGCAGGAGGCACACCAGUCUUCGUUCCUCUCCGACCAAGCAAAAAAGGUGUCAUAUCAUCGAGUGGUGACUGGAAACUAGAUCCUAUAGAACUAGAGUCAAAGUUUUCCAGCAAGACAAAACUGAUUAUUAUUAACACCCCCAACAAUCCACUGGGAAAGGUGUUCACUCAACAAGAACUGGAGUUGAUAGCAGAGUUGUGCAAGAAAUUUGAUGUUGUUUGUGUUGCUGAUGAAGUUUACGAAUGGAUGACUUAUCCUGGGUACAAACAUCUAAAAAUUGCAACGCUGCCUGGAAUGUGGGAACGUACCAUCACUGUUGGCAGUGCUGGCAAAAUGUUCAGUGUCACCGGCUGGAAGCUGGGCUGGAGCAUCGGUCCCGAGAAUUUGCUGUUUGGCCCCAAGCUUGUUCAUCAGAACUGUGUGUACACCUGUCCAACACCACUUCAGGAAGCCUUGGCAGUGGCCAUAGAGACAGAGGAAGAGCGGCUGGGAGCUGCAGACUGCUACUUGAACUCGCUUGCCCUUGAACUCUUACCCAAACGUGACCGGCUGGCCCAGGUCCUUGAGAGUCUGGGGAUGCACCCUGUUGUCCCUGAAGCAGGUUAUUUUAUGCUGGCUGACAUCUCAAAAAUGAAUAUAGAUCUCCCUGAUGACGGAAAGGAUGAGCCAAAAGAUUUUAAGUUUGUCCGGUGGAUGAUUCGUGAAAAGAAACUGGCUGGAAUUCCACCUUCAGCAUUCUUCUGUUCAGAGCACAAGAUCAUGGGAAAAGACUAUGUACGUUUCUGCUUUAUCAAGAAGGAUAGCACUCUGGCAAAAGCAGCUGAUAUUUUACAGAACUGGAAGGCAGAGAUGAACCCAAAAUAGAUGAAGGCAAAGAGCGUGAUCACAGUUAAGUGCAAAUAAACAUUAAUGCUGGACUGUUUGGAUCUUUGUGCUGGACGAGAUUUUCUUUUGACAUAUAUAUAUGGGUCUAUGCUACUAGUAUAACUAAAAUGGACUCACUGCAUUGCGAAUAAAGUGAUAUUGAAAUAUA